UAGCAGACCGGAGCGGAAGUGAGGGCGGGGCACCGGCGUUACAACAAAAUGUCUGCAACCAUGAAUAACGUGGAAGAGAUUCGGAAUCGAGUGAUUCUUGGAGAAUUCGGUAUAAAAAAUGUUCAUACUACAGACUUCCCUGGAAACUAUCCAGGUUAUGACGACACGUGGGACAUGAGUACAUUUCAGAAGAACUUCAGAAUUGACAUGGUGCACAUGGAUGAGAGCAGUAUGGAGUUUGACAUGGUGGGAAUAGAUGCAGCCAUUGCUAAUGCUUUCAGACGGAUCUUACUGGCAGAGGUGCCCACCAUGGCUAUAGAGAAGGUAUUUAUCUACAACAACACAUCCAUCGUCCAGGAUGAAGUCUUAGCCCACAGAUUAGGCCUCAUCCCCAUCAAAGCCGAUCCCCGCCUGUUUGAAUACAGGAACACUGGUGAAGAAAUUGCAGAGGAAGAAGCAUCCGAAAUCGACACAAUUCAAAUGCAGCUAAAAGUUAAAUGUAGCAGGAAUCCUAGAGCCAGCAAAGAGUCUUCUGAUCCGCAAGAGCUCUACCUGAACCACAUGGUGUAUUCCAAGGACAUAAAGUGGGUCCCCAUUGGAAACCAAGCAGAUGUGUUUGCAGACGCCAACAUUGGACCCGUACAUAGCGACAUCCUGAUUGCUCAGCUCCGUCCAGGACAGGAGCUGGACAUUGUCAUGCACUGUGUCAAAGGAAUUGGUAAAGACCAUGCUAAGUUCUCUCCAGUGGCCACAGCCAGUUACCGCCUUCUGCCCGAGAUCACCAUUCUGGAACCAGUGGAAGGAGAGAAGGCAGAACGCUUAAAACGAUGCUUCUCACGAGGAGUUAUAGAUCUGGAAGAUGUUAACGGGUCAAAGGUCGCCAAAGUAGUCAACAGUCGUCUGGACACAUGCAGCAGGGAAGUCCUUCGACACGACGACCUGAAGAAUUUGGUGAAAAUUGGAAGAGUGCGAGACCAUUUCAUCUUCACUGUGGAGUCGACGGGCAUCCUGCCUCCAGAUGUCCUCGUCACAGAGGCCAUCAAAGUCCUCAUGAGCAAGUGUCAGAGGUUCCUGAGUGAACUGGACUCCACGGACAUGGAGUGAAAUGAUGACUGUACAUUCACUGGCCGCUUUAUUAGGUAGUUGCACACGGUUGGACGUGUGUUGUGUCCAGAGACAUGGUCUUCUCUAUCGUCCAUUCCCGUGGAUAUUUGUCACCUUUCUCAAAUUUCUAACCAGGUGAAUCCUUCUCUUCUGAUUUCUGACAUCAUCGAGGCAAUUUCACCAAGAGAACUGCCACUCUGGAUAUUUUCUGUCCAAAGUCACUGAUGUCACCUCUCUUCCCCAUUCUGUUGCUUGACUUGAAAUUCAGCAGCUGGUCUUGACCGUGUCUGCAUGCGUAAAUGAGUUCCUGUCAUGUGUUUGGCUAGUUAGCUAUUUUCCUUAACAAGCAGUUUAACACCUGUACCUAAUAAAGUGGCUAGUAAGGUGGA